GCCAUAUUAGUAGGCUAUAUUACAGCCUCGAUAUAUUUUGACAGACGAUAUGAUCCCUAUUUCAUGCGCAACCUUUCCCAAUAUGGCGACCUGCACGAUUUUCGAUGAGGAUGAGGUUUGCCGAAUUGAUUCGAAGAAGGGUGCCAUGUAUGGACUGAUUAUUGAAAGUUCUGAAUACCUGAGUAGUGAUGAAGACGAAGACAAUAACGACAAUACGUCACGGGUACGGAGGGGUACUGUGAGAGUAGCAUGGCACCCAAGGGGGGAGGAAGAAGUUGUGCCAGAGAAAAAGCUCAAGUUGGUAGAUCGUUCCUUGAUGCCUGGUGAUGUGGUUAGAAGACUGAUCCAAGGAGAAAACAGCCAAAGGGGUUUUGUUUCCAUGACAGAUAUAACCUGCCAUGUUCUGAUUCUUGGAACAAACAAAGUCAUCACUAACGUAAACACUAAAGAACUGAGAAACCUGGAGGAAUGGGAUCCUGAGCCUGGUGAUGUCACACUGGACUCCUGGGUGGGAAGAAUAGACCUGAUCAACCAAGAACUGAUACUCAAGUUUGCUGAUGGUGCUAGAUGCCAAAUAGAAGAAUCAGAGUUAUAUGAUUUUGAAGACGUCUGUGAAAAGAGAGAUGAUGGCACAGAAUUUUAUAACCAAGCAUACUACCCUGGUCAACAUCUAGUGGGCAAUCUGGGAGAGCUUUCCAAGGCCAAGUGGCUCUCUACUACUAAGCACCACUCUGCAUGGACAGUGGAAACCAACAGACUGAGGAAAGUCCAUGUUUCAGUUGAAAAGGUCAUGACUAAAAGCAUUGAAGUUCACUGGACAUGUCGAGGGUAUGCCACUCACACAGACACCAAAGUAGAUCCUCCUCCAAGGGUGGUCAAAGAUGACAAUCUCCAGAGGUUGAAGUCUCUGGACAUGUUCUCUUCAUGCAGCUAUCAAUUAGGUGACAAAUGUUUCUAUACCAUAAAAGAUACAGAUGAUAUACAAACCGUCAUACCGAGUAAGGGAAGAUCCCAUGCAUCUUAUCUUACCAAGGAUAGUAGUACAAUAACUGAGGACUCGACUAAGUCAGCAACCAAGUUUUCUGUACUCGCCAGAAAUAAAGCAAAUAAGUCUGGACAUAAUGUUGAAAAAAUCAUUGAAUGUGGGGAGAGUUCUGAGGGAAAUGCCAGUGCUGCUGCAAUGGAGGAUAUGCUAAAUGCAAAGAAUAAUGCUUCACAGAAAGAAACUUUUAUCACAGGAAGUGCAGUAAGUAAAACUGCAGGAGAUGAAGCUGAUGCAAUGACACCAGAUGAAACUUCUGUCAUAAAUAUGGAGUCAGAACAACCCAGUUGCACUGCAGCCAGUGAUUCAGUGGUGACUAUGCCCUCUGUGCCUGCUGAUUUAGAAACUCCCUCUGCUAUGGCUGAUCCGGGACCUCCGGCUCUCAGUGGUGAUACAGAAGCAGCAGUUUCCUUUUCAUCCACUACAGACUUGGGACACUCCACCAUCCCAGAAAAUCCUGAAGCAAAAAUUACCUCAUCUACUGUUGCUGGGACGACUGGCAUUACCACUACUGUUGAAUCUGUAACUCAGGAAGCCAAUGUUUUAGCUGGUAAUACCUCAUCCAAGGCAGGCAGUGAAGACACCGGGUUUGCUGAAGAUUCCACAUCUGAAGAAGAAGAAGAUGAUGAUAAUGAAGAUGAUGAUGGAACAGAUACAGGGUCUCUCACCUCAUCUCAGUCAGAUGCUUCUGGGCCGAGUAGUAAGAAAAAGAAAUCGAGGACUUUUACUGGAUUGAAGUUCAAGCAUAAAUUGAAAGGUAAAAAAUCCAAGUCUUUGCUGCAGAUUCAACCACAGAAGGAGUUUAAGGCUGGGGAGAGUGUGGCAGUGGAGGUGAUGUAUACCUAUUCUCAUGCAGACGUCAUGUGGCAGGAUGGGAGCAUUGAGAAGAGCAUCCCGUCCACAGAGCUGUACCCAAUCCACCAUUUAGAUGAGCUUGAAUUCUUCCCAGGAGAUUUUGUUGUUCCAGCUAAAGUCACAGACGUGGGCAGCGAAGAUCAGUACGGGGUCGUAGUCACAGUAGAUCACCAGCAGAGGACCUGUAUAGUAAAGUGGAUGAAGACAGGAGAGGAAAACAAUCCUGAAGAAGUUGGAGAACCCAUUGAAAUGAGUGUGUAUGAUGUCAAGGAUCACCCAGACUUUAAGUUCAGACUUGGGCAUGUUGUAGUGAAAAUAGGUGGAGAAAGAGAGAUUGAGGCAAGUAGUGCCGCUACUGGUCAAGUGUGCGAUGUGACUCCAGGAGGACGUAUUGGUGUACAUUGGGUAGAUGGCAGCACCAGCUAUUGUUAUCCUUGCCAUCUCUAUCUGGUCACAGAUGAAAUGUCUGAAGAAUGGGAAUCUGGAAGUGAGAGUGAGGAGGACAGUGACGUGGACUCCUGGGAGACUGAGGAGGAGGAGGAAGUGGAUGAGGAAGAAGCUGAAAAGGAGAAAGACAUUGAAGUGCAGGCCAUUGAAAAGAAAUUACGUGAUGUUGAAACAAUGAUGCAGAGAAUGGACAAAAAUUUUAAUGAUCUGUUCACAAGCAUGGAAAAGAUGGAUCAAGUGUUGAAUAGAGACACCAUGACAAUUAGUUCAUAUUCCAAAGUUUUCUAUGAGCCUAUACUUGGUUUUCUCAAGCAGUGCAAGACCAUAGAUAAAAACCUUGGUACUAGACAUUUUAAGGACACAGGAGUACAGGAAGUGUACAAAGUUGUAGAGUCUGAAAUUGAAAAGGAAAGGGCCACAAGAAAAGCAAGAAAAGCACUUAGUAAACUCAAUAUGCAGAAAAAUGUAAAAACCAAAAAGGAUAGUGUUCAGUCUGAUGAUGAUGUUGGUAAUGCAGCUGGGAAUACAACCAAUGAUGCCAUGAGUUCAAGUGCAGCAAAACCCAAUGAAGAAAAAAAUUCAGGGAAGGAAACUUGUUUAAGUGGUAAUGUUAGUUCUUUCAAACAAACUAAACCUGAAGAAAACUUGAAGGGUAGCAGUGCCAGUGCAGAAGAAUCAAAAAAUCCCCCUGAAACCUCAACAGAAGUAACCACUGUCGUGGUUAAUGUUAACCAAAAUGCUGGCGAGGGAGCUACAGCAGCGACAUCUACAGGCCUGUCAUCAUUUACUCCUUCGAGUAAUGCAGAGCAAAGGUCAAAGGUGAAGGAUAUAUGGGAAAUGGCAUGCAAAUGUCUCAAAAAGCAAUUUAGUCUAACACAAGAGGAAAUCAAAUCUCUCUGCAAGGGAAAUAUAGAACAUUUGAAAGGAGAACUAAAAAAACUUGGGACAGACCAGCAUGAUGAAUCUUUGCAUUCGGCUACAUCUGUUGAUCUACCUGGGGACAAAAGUGUUGGUGAAGAUAUGGAUGAAACACUUGACAAUCUAACAAGCGCUGCUUCUAAUCCAGAUGCUGCUGCUAAAAUGGAAGAAAAUGUCACUGUAGAAACUCCUGCUUCAGUGACAAGCAUUGCAGACACAGAAUUGAAGGAAAAUAUGACUGCACUGAAAGAUGAGGCCACUUCUACAGUAGAAGAGGAAAUGAAUGGAAACCUGUCUUUGAAAGAAAUGGAAGAGGAAGAAGCCAAAAUAGAUGACAGUGAAGAAAACAAAUCUGUGUUUGUAAUGCUGGAAGAAGUGCCAGCAGGCCACAAAUUCAAGAAUAAAGAACACCAACCAGCAGAUAGUAAGAUGUUUCUUGGUGCUGUCAGGAAAGAGCUGAAGCUGCUGAGAGGCCACUUGCCAUCUGGAAUCGUUGUGAAAGGAUUUGAAGAUAGAAUGGACCUGUAUUCGGUGAUGUUUGUUGGACCAGCAAACACCCCAUAUGAAGAUGGUUUAUUCUUUUUUGACAUUCAACUGCCCAGUGACUACCCUACCUCACCUCCAGUGUUCCACUACUUAGCUUUCUGUAGUGACAGGCUGAAUCCCAAUCUGUACGAGGAUGGAAAAGUUUGUGUCAGUCUCCUUGGCACCUGGGGUGGGAAGGGUUCAGAAGUAUGGACAUCUAAAUCUAAUUUGCUUCAGGUUUUUGUGUCUAUUCAAGGCCUAAUCCUGAAUGCUGAACCUUAUUACAAUGAAGCUGGUUAUGAGCGGCAGAGAGGCACACAGCAGGGCAUGGAGAACAGCAAGGUGUACAAUGAGAUGGCUGUCAUCAAACUCUUACAGUCUAUGAUAAGAAUGGUUUGUAAUCCCCCUGACCUAUUCAAAGAUGAAUUCAGAGAACACUUGCAGCACAGGACAAAGAGAAUGAUUCAGAGACUGAAAUAUUGGGUGCAAUAUUCAGAAAACCUUCAAAAGUCUGAAAAAUUGGCAUCUUCGAGCAGCACAACUAAGUUACAAUCUCCUAACAUGGAAAGUAAGCCAGAAUCUCCAAAUGACACAACCAAAACAAAAGCUUCCGUUGAUUCAUUGAAGGCAGAUACGAUGGAUGCUACAGCUAGUUCAAGGGUCCCCAGUGUCUCUGAAAAACCAGAAGGUUCACGUGACAGCCAAAAGUCCAUGACCUUAGAUGCCACAGAGGAACAACCAGUGCCCUCUAGUAGCUCUGAGGUACUGCAGGAGACCAGUCUAGAAGGUGAGGAAACUGCUACCAAAAAAGUGCAGGAAAGUGAGGAAAGUGCAGAACCAAAUACUUCAGCAGUGACAUUCAUCUUACCAGACUUCCCCCUUCUUCCAGGUUCUAAAGGGUUUUGUAUGUCUUUAAAAAGUUUGCUUCAAGAAUUAAAGGAAAGGACUGAAAAAUACUUACUGGAAUCUGCAGAAAAGGUAUAGCAUUGAUACUGAUGUCGAUGUGAAGGUUUUGUAGAUGUUUAGAGUAAUAUUUGAUGGUUAUAUGAAAUCCUAAAUCCAACAAAUUCGCUAAAUGAUUAUUCAGCCUUUUUCCCCUUGUAUACAUGACUGGUUAUUACUGACUGAAAGGUGAAAUAUUAUUAGCAUUCGAUUGCUAAUAAAGAAAAUUGCAUUGAUUUGGUAAAAUGGUUUCUCA